ACCCCGCGUGAGGAGAGCUGUACAAUUAGCGACGUCGAUCAUCUAAGCUUCGAAGCAAUCUUCAAUCUUCUUCUUCUUCUGCUGCAAAAAUCUUUCAAUCAUUUCCAACAGAGAUCGACGAUAUCCACACGAACACGCGCAGGCAAGAGGCUCGGUGUCGCGGAUCCACUCCCUCUCCGGUCAACUCGCGGUCGUCGGAAUCCCUCUGAUUGGCGACUCUCCGUCUCCCUCUCCGGAGCGAUCGACAUGAGUUUCCUCUUCGGCAAGCGCAAAACUCCCGCAGAGCUUCUGCGGGAGAAUAAGAGGAUGCUGGACAAGUCUAUACGCGAAAUUGACAGGGAGAGGCAAGGACUUCAAACUCAGGAGAAGAAGCUGAUCCUAGAGAUCAAGAAGAAUGCCAAGCAAGGGCAGAUGGGAGCUGUGAGGUUGAUGGCAAAGGACCUUAUUAGAACACGUCAUCAGAUUGACAAAUUUUAUAAACUCAAGUCACAGCUUCAGGGUGUUUCUCUUAGAAUUCAGACAAUGAAAUCAACGCUAGCGAUGGGGGAGGCAAUGAAAGGCGUGACAAAGGCAAUGGGUCAGAUGAACAGGCAGAUGAACUUGCCAUCAUUGCAGAAAAUUAUGCAAGAAUUUGAGAGGCAGAACGAGAGGAUGGAAAUGACGAGUGAAGUGAUGGGUGAUGCCAUUGACGAUGCUCUGGAAGGUGAUGAAGAAGAGGAGGAAACGGAAGAAUUAGUCAACCAGGUUCUAGAUGAGAUCGGUAUAGAUGUCAACCAAGAGCUUGUAAAUGCACCAUCAACUGCGGUUGCGGCUCCAGCUGCACAAGCUAAAGUUGCACAAGCAGAAGCUACGGCGAAUGAAGACAGCGGAAUAGACAGUGACCUACAGGCGAGGUUAGAUAAUUUAAGAAGGAUGUAGUUUCGUAUGUUCUACAGCGUGUACAUCAGCUUCGAUGUAAAGAAUCCAGAGUUCAUUUGUUGAUCUUAGCAUUUGUCAAAAUAGCGCCUCCUUUUACUUGGAGACCUGAAUCGUUGAGAAUUCUACGGAGAUACUUCUAUUUACUUGCACAUUGGAUUCAUUCAUGUAACAUGGAGAUUGAGAGGUAUCAUGGAAAUAGAGUCGAUGAUUGAAUCGAUGGUCGAAUUAUUAUCUUUUAAUUA